AUGGAACCGGAACAACCUACCGUUACGGCGGUGCACGACGGAAGCGGCGACGACGGUGUAAUUGCAUUAGGGGAAGGUUCUGUCAGCAACGAGAACAGCAGAGACAGAGUGAAAGGACCUUGGUCUCCUGAAGAAGACGCCAUUCUCAGCGGUCUUGUGAGUAAGUUUGGUGCUAGAAACUGGAGUCUCAUCGCUCGGGGGAUCUCUGGGAGAUCCGGGAAGUCGUGUCGACUUCGGUGGUGUAAUCAGCUUGACCCUGCUGUUAAGCGGAAGCCGUUUACUGAUGAGGAAGACAGGAUCAUAGUUGCUGCUCAUGCGGUCCAUGGAAACAAAUGGGCAGCCAUUGCCAGGAUUCUACCAGGAAGAACAGACAACGCCAUUAAGAACCACUGGAAUUCUACUUUGAGGCGUCGGGGAGUUGAAGGUAAAAUUAAGUUAGAAUCAGGUAACAUGGUGGAAGAUAUUAGUUUGGAGAAAGCCAGAGCAUCAUCAGAAGAAACUCUAUCAUGUGGAGAGCUUAAUUCAUUGAAAUCUUCUGAAGGAAGAGAUUUUAGUUCUAAGGAGGUUGUGGACGAUAGAUAUGAAGAGAAAGCAAGGACUGAUCCGCAAUCAUACCAUGAAGUCACGGAUCUGCCAAUUGUUGAAGUCAGAGAUCCGCCGACCCUUUUUAAGCCUGUAGCACGUGUAAGUGCUUUUAACGUAUAUCACACUUGUAAUGGUUCACAGCCUUCAUCAUCAGUUCCAAGACCUGUUCCAAUGCAAGGACCUAUUUUACAUUCGCCAAAAUCAGAUAUGGAAAUUUGCAAAAUGCUCAACAGAACUUAUGGCGACCGAUCAGUACCUCAACAGUGUGGUCAUGGAUGUUGUUCUUCUCUAAAUGGUAACAACUCAAAAAACUCUUUGCUGGGCCCAGAGUUUAUUGAAUAUUCGGAGCCUCAAUCUUUCCCAAGUUUUGAGCUGGCUGCAAUAGCUACAGAUAUUAGUAACCUUGCUUGGCUUAAAAGUGGAUUGGAGAAUAAUAGUGUCAAAAUGAUGGGUGAUACUGCUGGCAGGGUUAAUAUCUAA